AUGUGCUAUACCUAUUACAAUGCCUCAUAUCCCCCUGAGCGGGGCCCAUUGCAAACCAACUAUUGGCGUUUGACAGCAGAUGUCGCAGGCUUCGUAAGAGAAAUUCAAGUGGCAUAUAAUCCUCGGCUUGAGCGUAGUAACUUUAUUGAGUUUGUGCAAGACUUGGUAGCUCCAUGGGAUAUUUAUAUUGAUUCCAUCGUGGUUCCAUCUAAUCGCAUGGGUUCUUGCUUCAACUACAAGAUCAAGGACCAGACUCAGUACAAAGCUGCUGCUGCCAUGAGUUCUAUUCAACAUGACCUCUAUGACCCUAAUCGUGGUGCUACUGGAACUAUCAUCCUUGAUCAAAAACGCAUGGAUAAAGUCAAGAGAGAGUCUGACAGUGGUUACUCUUCCAAUAGUAGCAAUUCUACUAAUGGCUACUAA